AUGGAAGGUCAACUUAACCUUGGAGAAGUUGACACAGGUGCUGAUGUCACCGCCAUACCAGAAAAUACUUUUCAAAAGUUAGGAACAUUGAAGUUAAUGAUGUCAGACCGCAUACUGAUAGGGCUUGGAAAGACUCGUCUAAAUGUCGCAGGUAAGUUCAUUGGAGAACUGAAAUCGGAGAAGUCCAAGACCUCGACAGAGAUUUAUGUCGUCAGAGGGUUAAGCAAGCCAUUACUAGGGAGACCAGCUAUUGAGAAGCUUGAUAUGGUGAAACAUGUAGCUUCUGUCCAGUCAGAAGAAUAUGUCGCGAAAUACCCUACACUUUUUAAGGGACUUGGAAAACUAAGCGGAGAAAAUGAGAUAAAGCUUAGAAGUGACUGCAAACCAGUUGCAGUGUCAACACCUAGACGUAUACCACUACCGCUUUUGGACAAAGUGGAGGCAGAGCUAAAAAGGAUGGGGAAAAUGGGUGUUAUAUCGCCUGUUGAUGAACCAACAGACUGGUGUGCGGGCUUAGUUGUGGUUCCAAAGAAAAACAACACUGUGAGACUGUGUGUGGACUUGACUCAACUCAAUAAGUCUGUGAGAAGGGAAAAUCACCAACUACCCAGUACAGAAGAUACCCUACACAAGUUGACUGGUGCAAAGGUGUUCUCAAAACUUGAUGCUAACAGUGGGUUCUGGCAAGCACCACUCGCGCAGUCAUCGAGAUUACUAACAACAUUCAUAACGCCAUUUGGACGAUACUGUUUCAACAGACUGCCAUUCGGAAUCACGUCAGCAUCCGAGUAUUUCCAGAAACGCAUGCAGGCACUACUCACAGGGCUACCAGGGGCACUGUGCCAAAUGGAUGAUAUAUUGAUUUUCGGAGAAACUCAGGAAGAGCAUGAUGUGAGACUCCAGAUUGUACUAAGGAGACUUGUUGAAGCCGGAAUCACUCUCAACAGCGAUAAGUGUCAGUUUUCAAAGGACAGAAUUAUCUUUGUUGGUCAUGUGAUUGAUGCCUCAGGAAUCCAACCUGACCCCAAAAAGGUUGAGGCCAUUGUCAACUUCCAAGCUCCAACCAAUGUACCAGAGUUACGACGGUUCUUAGGUAUGGUAAACCAAAUUGGAAGAUUUACUCCCAAUCUCGCAGAGCAUAGUAAGCCUAUUCGAGAUCUACUCCAGAAGGAAAGCUCGUGGAUUUGGGAAGAUCCACAGAUACAGGCAUUUGACCGUAUCAAGAAGGAACUCAGUUCUACACCAUUGUUAGCCUUAUGUGACCCAAAGGCUUGUACCAAGAUCUCUGCCGCCGCAUCAUCAUUUGGAUUAGGUGCAGUCCUUCUUCAAUGCCCUGAAGGAAGUGGAGACAAAUGGAAACAUGUUGUGUAUGCAUCAAGAGCAAUGAGCAGUACAGAACAGCGUUAUGCCCAAGUAGAGAAAGCUGUCAAAUGGGCAUGUGAAAAAUUCGCCGAUUUCAUUAUUGGGGUGACAUUCCAAAUAGAGACUGACCACAAACCCUUCGUAUCUCUUCUGGGAUCAAAAACAAUGUCAGAUUUGCCACCAAGGAUCCAGCGUUUCAGAAUGAGGCUGGCGCGAUACCAAUACGAAGUAAACCAUGUUCCCGGAAAGUUUCUGUACACUGCCGACACUCUUUCGAGAGCACCACUGCAAAGUACGACAGUAGAGGAAGAAGAGUUUCAGAAUGAUGUUGAGGCCUUUGUUGACAGUGUUAUAAAAUCAUUACCAGCCAGUGAAAAGCGUUUGGAGGAGCUACGUAGAGCAGUUCACGAAGACAGCGUGUUAAGUGUAAUCGUGAAAUAUUGUCACGAUGGCUUGCCAGGGUUCGAACAACCAUCUACAAACAUCGCGACGCGACCGUAUUGGCAAGUUCGAGAGGAGUUAUCUCUAUGCCAGGGAUUGUUGAUGCGUGGAAACCGUCUGAGAGCGGAAAUGCUUCAGAGGAUACACGAGGGCCAUCAGGGCAUCGUAAAAUGUCGUGAACGUGCGCGAAAUUCUGUAUGGUGGCCAAGAAUCAAUCACGAGAUCGAGGACAUUGUGAGAAACUGUACAGUAUGUGUCAAACAGAAAACUGACCAUGCUGAACCCUUGAGACCAACUGACUUUCCAAAACGACCUUGGCAGAAGGUUGGCACUGAUCUAUUCCAAAUAAAGAACGCGAACUACUUGCUCGUUGUCGAUUACUUUUCGAGAUACACUGUAUAUUGA